AUGCUUUCGCUGUUACAAAAUGUAAGUUCCUUCUCCACAUCAUCAUCCACCGUUUGUUUUACAGUUAACUCAAACUCCAUCUCCGGCCGUGGACAAGCCAAGUCAUCCGGAUUCCUCGGAGACCGUCUACAUUUCCGCUUUGGCCCUUCUGAAGAUGCUCCGUCAUUCCAGAUCGGGUGUUCCGAUGGAAGUAAUGGGACUGAUGCUGGGUGAAUUCGUCGACGACUACACAAUCAGUGUGCUCGAUGUGUUUGCAAUGCCUCAGUCGGGAACUGGAGUGUCAGUGGAAGCUGUGGACCCGGUCUUUCAGACCAAGAUGCUGGAUCUAUUGAAGCAAACUGGAAGAACGGAGAUGGUCGUGGGAUGGUAUCACUCCCAUCCCGGUUUCGGAUGUUGGCUUUCUAGUGUGGAUGUGAAUACUCAGCAGAGUUUCGAGGCGCUCUCGCCCAGAGCCGUCGCUGUUGUGAUUGAUCCUAUUCAGAGUGUAAAGGGAAAGGUAAGAUUGGUUUUUCGGUGAUAAAACAAUGUUGCUCUUGAGUAGUGGCGAAGACGAUAGUCGAGCCGUUCUUGUUUUCCUGUUUUUUGAGCUUGUAAAGUAUAUUUUUCCCCACUAAAAUCGACCUUAAUUUAGGUCGUAAUCGAUGUCUUCCGAUCCAUCAGUACCAUGGGCUUGAACCCUGGCCGGGCGUUGGCUCCCACUGCAGAGCCUCGACAAAUGACCUCAAAUUUGGGUAAGAGCCAUGCUUUAUCUACCCAUUCAUUUUCAAAAAUUUUAUGACCUUAUUUUAUAUUAUCCAUGGCCUUUUAAAAACCUUUUUUUCUCAGGUCACUUGGUCCGGUCAAGUUAUGUCGCUCAAAUGCGCGGCCUUGGCUCCCGCUACUACUCCCUCCCCCUGUCCUACAAGCUGAGUUCGUACGCCCAGAAAAUGCUUCAAUGCGUCCACAAGAAGGACUGGAGUGUCCCCUUCCAUGGCCUCGCCUUUUCGAAACAAGGUCAAGAAAACCUGGAGACGGGAAAGGAGAUGCUCAAGAUGGUCAAAAUGUUCACAAAGGACAUUGAACUGAAUCAGGAUGUCACCAAGGAUGAGGCUCAAAUCAAGGCUGUGGGAAGAUUGAAUCCGAAAAGGAGAUUGGAAGAUCUGAGUCGGAAAUUAUUGGAGGAAAACAUCGUCGGACAGACCAGAAACGCCAUCAAUUCGGCUGUUUUUCAUUAA